CGAGGCACCGAGGCGCGGCCUCACCUCCAGCUCUCCCUCCCUUGCUUUCUGAGGGCCGCCAGGGGGCGCCGGAGGGCGGCUCUCCGCGGGGUGAGCGGGGCCGAACCGCCCUCCAGCCGCCCGCCCCGCCGCAGGCAGCUCAGCGCUGCACCGCUCCGCUCCGGCGUUGCUCCCGGCAGAGGCGAGCCGCACAGGGGAUGAGGAUGCCGCGCCGGCAGCCGCCGCGCCCGCUGCUCCUCCUGUCAGCCCUGCUCUGCGCGCCGGCGUCGGCCUUCAACCUGGACGAGGAGAAGCUGACGGUGUACAGCGGGCCGCCCGGCAGCUACUUCGGGUACUCGGUGGACUUCUACAUCCCCGACCCCAGCACGGUCAGCGUCCUGGUGGGAGCUCCGCGAGCCAACACCACGCAGCCGGACAUCGUGGAAGGAGGAGCGGUGUACCACUGCGGCUGGCCGGCCGCGCGCUGCAGGCAGAUCCCCUUCGAUAACACCAACAACAGGAAAAUUAAGGUCAAUGGCACCAGGGAACCAAUUGAGUUUAAGACAAAUCAGUGGUUUGGGGCAACAGUCAAAGCUCAUAAAGAAAAAGUCGUGGCUUGUGCUCCCUUAUAUCAUUGGAGGACUCUUAAAGACAGCCCAGAGAAGGACCCCGUUGGCACCUGCUAUGUAGCAAUUCAGAACUUCAGUGCCUAUGCUGAAUACUCACCUUGUCGCAACAGCAAUGCAGAUCCUGAAGGACAAGGCUUUUGUCAAGCAGGUUUCAGCUUAGAUUUUUACAAGAAUGGAGACCUCAUAGUAGGCGGGCCUGGUAGUUUUUAUUGGCAAGGUCAGGUAAUCACUGCAAGCAUUGCGGAUAUCAUCUCAAAUUAUUCCUUCAAGGAUAUUCUGAGGAAACUGGCACGAGAGAAGCAAACAGGAGUUGCACCACCCACAUAUGAUGACAACUAUAUGGGAUACUCAGUAGCUGCUGGGGAAUUUACUGGAGAUUCUGAAGAAGAGCUGGUUGCUGGAGUCCCAAGGGGUGCACAGAACUUUGGCUACGUCUCAAUCAUUAAUUCUUCAGAUUUGACCUUUAUCCAGAAUUUCACCGGUGAACAGAUGGCGUCUUAUUUUGGGUACACUGUUGCAGUAUCUGAUGUUAACAAUGAUGGUUUAGAUGAUAUCUUAGUUGGGGCCCCUCUGUUUAUGGAACGAGAAUUUGAGAGCAAGCCUAAAGAAGUUGGGCAAGUCUAUCUGUACCUGCAGGAAACUGCUUUCCUCUUCCGAGAUCCGCAAAUUCUGACAGGCACUGAAGUGUUCGGCAGAUUUGGCAGUGCAAUCACUCACCUUGGAGAUCUCAAUCAGGAUGGAUAUAAUGACAUUGCCAUUGGUGCACCAUUUGCAGGUGAAGACAGAAGAGGUAAAGUGCUCAUUUACAAUGGAUACAGUAAUGGGUUAAAAACUCACCCUUCCCAGGUUCUUAAUGGAGCCUGGGCCUCACAGUCCAUGCCUUCAGGAUUUGGCUUCACUCUAAGAGGAGACUCAGAUGUAGACAAGAAUGAUUACCCAGAUUUAAUUGUAGGUGCGUUUGGAGCUGGAAAAGCAGUUGUUUACAGAGCCAGACCGGUUGUGACUGUGAAUGCUCUGCUCAUUCUGAACCCCAUGAUUGUGAAUCCAGACAACAAGACUUGUCAGCCCUCUGGCUCUCAGAUCUUGGUGGCCUGUUUUACCAUAAGAGUUUGUGCGGCAUUUGAAGGCCAAAGUAUUUCAGAUGAGAUAGCACUGAAGGGUGAAUUGCAAUUAGAUUCAUUGAAACAGAAAGGAGCUGUUAAAAGGACUCUCUUCUUUGAUUACCAUCAGUCACAUCAUUAUUUCUCCAUUGUGAUGGAAAAACAGAAGAAGCUCUAUUGCCAGGACUUUCUUGUUUAUCUCAGAGAUGAAACAGAAUUUAGAGAUAAAUUAUCUCCCAUCAAUAUAAACUUGAAUUAUAGCUUGGAUGAAUCCCAUUUCAAAGAUAGCGUGAUGGUGAAGCCAAUACUGAAUUACUACCAGAGAAGCUCAGUAACAGAACAGGCUUAUAUUCUGGUGGACUGUGGGGAGGACAACUUGUGCAUUCCUGACUUGCACCUUUCCGCUGUGCCAGAUAAAGAUCAGCUAAUAAUUGGAGAAGAAAACUGUGUCAUGCUCAUAAUAAAUCCAAGGAAUGAUGGGGAAGGAGCCUAUGAAGCUGAGCUGCAUAUAAAGAUUCCACCUGAAGCAGAUUACACUGGGGUUGAACGCAACAGCAAGGCACUGCGUGUGUUGAGCUGUGAUUACAAGAUGGAAAAUGAAACUAGAAUGGUGGUUUGUGAUCUUGGGAACCCCAUGGUGGCUGGCGCAAAUUUCUCUACAGGUAUCCGGUUUUCUGUUCAGCAUUUUGAGAAUUCAGAUUUCAGCAUCAAUUUUGAGCUGCAAAUAAAAAGUUCUAACAAGGUUAAUUCCACCAGCAAUUUAGUUAACCUUCAUAUCAACAUCACUGCUGCGGCUCAGGUGCAGGUCAGAGGAGUCUCUCACCCACCACAGAUUGUUCUGCCUCUUCACAACUGGGAACCCAAAGAUGAACCUACAAAAGAAGAAGAAAUUGGUCCAUUAGUUGAACACAUCUAUGAGCUUCACAAUAUAGGACCAAGUGCCAUCAACAAUACAGUUCUCCAUGUUGGUUGGCCUGUGUCCAGUCAAGAGGAGUUUCUUCUUUACAUUCUACAUAUUCAGACUCAUGGACCACUGCACUGUCAAACAAGCUCUCCUAUUAAUAUAAUGCAAAUCAAUUUUGCUAUUCCACAGGACACUCCUGAACUUGCUGCUUUUUUAUAUAAUUCCACAAUUUCUCAUUACAUCAGGAGAAGGGAGGUAGCCAUGACAGAACCUUACAGGAGGAACUCUGCAAGAAUACUGAACUGUACAAAUGUGAAGUGUAUCCUCAUUUCCUGCAGUGUGGGACAACUGGAAAGAGGGAAGAGCGCAGCACUGAAAAUCAGGUCCCGGCUAUGGGCUGAAACUUUCCUGCAGAAACACACUGGGGUUUUGUGGAAGAGUCCAACGCUUGGAAUCUCAUAUAGAAGUUGGAGAAUGCCUUGAGUCUGGAAGUGGAAAAUAAGGAAUGUGGUGAAGAAAGCAUUAUUUUUCUGAAGACAAUUUCAUAGAUUUUAAGCACCAUGAAAGUUUACAGUAAUUGUUUAUUUUCUAAGCCUAAUAUUAUGUCAGCUUAUUUUUUAUUUCAAGCAUUGAUGAUAGAAGAUAUAGUUCCUUCCAUUAGGUGCCAUCUGUAUUAAAGAGCUGAUUUUGGCUUCUCCUAUGUAGUCUCAUAAGGCAAUUUUCUUCCUAUUGCUCAUUCCUAAUAUAAGCUCAAAGGAGAGGUUGAAUGUCCGGUAAUACAUGUUCAGCUGCUCUCAUAACUUUGAAAUAACAAAAUUAAUGUACAGGCAAAUGAAUUCCAGAAGAUAAUAAAUAUGCUGGCUUAAUGUCACUAACAAAUGUUCAUAUAUUUGAACGCAAGGUUUUUGUCUAAAAGCAAAACAGGAAGGACAAGACAAAUACCAGAAUUACAGCCCUGGACCUCAGGAGAAAAGGCUUCAGCCUUUUCAGGUGUCUGCUUGGAAGAACUGCAAGGGGGAUGAUCCUGGAGAACUCUUCUCCAGGAAAGUGAGUUGAUUCUCAAGCAUUAUCCAUCCUAAGUAAUCAAGCAAAGGUAGCAGUAGCUCUGCAUAGGAGAACUAGGAGUUCCUGGUAAAACUCGGGGGUAAAAAGGAUGUAUGCAAGAAGUGAAAGCAGCCAGUUGACCUGGGGUAGAGACUGAGUUGGGAAUACCAAAGUACUCUGUGGAAGAGGAGGAGAAAAAAAAAAAAAAGAAAAAAAAAAAAACAGAAACAAAAACAAACAAACAAAAAAAAAACACUGAAACAGGUUGCUUUUAGUUUUUGGAGUUUCCAUUCUUGGAGAUAUUCAAAAUCCAGCUAGCAUGGCCCUGGGCAUCCUGUUUAUUGACCCAGCUCUGAGCAUGUUCUUGGACUAGAUGAUCUCCAGAGGUGUCUUCCAACAUCAGCAAUUCUGGGAAAAUUGAGUUUGGGUAUGACCAUCCACCUUCACCCAAGCCAUCUUCCAGAUGUAGGUUAUUUCUUGUCGUGUUUACAAAGAUAUCAUUCUUAUUCAGUGAAGAAGAGAGUAGACCGUGGAAUCUUUUUGUCUUAAUCUUUGUUCCAUAAAACAGCUGAAAAGGGAGAAACCUUUCUUAAAUGGAAAGGUUUUAAAUCUUUUGAUGCAACAGGAAAUUUCAGAGGAAAACAACACUUAGGAGGGAGGAAAAGAUUUUGGAUAAUCAGGAAGGAGCUAAGUCUUGUCAGUGGAACAGAACUCCUAAAUGUGCCAAAAAUAUAAAGUGGGAGAAAGAGUUUUGCAGAAGGUGAUUUAGGAAAUGACAGGGUCAUUCCAAAUACAGUGAGUAUGAAUACAGUCAAUUUAAAAAACAAAAAAACAAAAAACCAAAAAAAAACUAGUAAGUGUGAUGGUUAGAAUGAAUUUAAUGAUUUAGAAAGCAAUAAAGCACUUUACAGUAUAGUGUACAGAAAAAAAAUCACAGGAAAUAUUAAAAAUGGAAAUACUGCAGGUUUCAUCAGUUAUUAAAUAACAAAUCUGACUUGAGAAGAUGAGAAAUGGCUUUCAGUAUUUCCACAUUAGUCUGCCUUGAAGAUGGGAGAAAUUUUCUAAGUGCACAAAGAUUAUAAGGGGCGCAAGAGGCAACUGAACUUUGCAAAAUGGAUAAGGUAGAAUUUAUACUUGGCUCAGGUUACUGGGAUAAUUUAAAAUUCAUCCCAUUACUCAAUGUACUCUGUAAGUAGCUGCUGCCAAAACAAGGGAUUACUUUACCAACAAGGCUCUGUCUUUCCAUAAAUCAGUAUUGGAAUACUGUGUUUAAUUGUGAUGUUUCAUAAAGGAUUGAGGCAGGUAGCAAGAACGAUUAAGUACUUCCAAAAUAUUCUUAUAUAUGAUUAAUUUUUUACCUCAAGGAAUGUAAUGUAAAGGAACAUAAUGAUAAUCAUAACUCCAAGGCCUCAUUUAAUUCUCUUCAGAGCAAAUUGAAGUACUUAUACUGGAAAUUCUUAUCAUUACCCUGACUUUGCAUGAGAUAUGAAUGAUGAGUUGCAUGCAGUGUCACCCAGAACAACCAGCUGCGGAUGUGGAAUGUGAAACAGGUUCCUUGGCUUCCAGAGGAGCAUAGUAACCCCUCAGGCAUCCUUCCUUGGGAUAAAAACAAGAAAGGAGGUAGACACAUUGCAAGAUCUUUGCUUUAUAACGAUGUGUCAUCCAGUGAAAAUGAAAGACUUCAAAGAGUUCUGGAAGAUUAACUUGAUAGAUGGUAUACCUAGCCUUCGAAAUCAAUUCCAAUUAGAUACUGAUGGUGCCAAGAGCUCGAAAGGAUUCAAAGUAUUUGUGUGGAAAGUAUUUGUAUUCCCUAGAGUAAAUGUUGCAAUCAGUAAGAUUCUUGUAAGGCGCAGGAGCCUUCCUGUGUCAGGUUUUACACUGGUUCCUAACAGUAGAGAUUUUUGCACUUAGCUACCAUGUUGAGAAGUUUGCAGAGGGUGGGAGGUCGUUGUCAAGGGCAGAACUGCACUGUGAGGCAAACAGUUGGGUGGAGGCUGUCAGUGCCUGUCUGGCUGGCAGAUGAGGAGACAGGACUAAUUAAAAGUCUCAGCAUGAGCU